CCGCACUGACUUGCUAGCAAACUCGCAAUAGCUUCAGUCUGAGCAAAAGUCAAAGAUCCAAUUCGUCCACUCUUCCCACGACUUCGCAAAAUAUCAUUCAAAAUUGGAUCCGUAUCUUCUAAAGGUGGACAUUCCAAACUUACUCGCACUCGAAUUUGGACAGGGAAAGGGCUCGAGGUGGCMUUCGGAUUUUUUGAAAAGGCAGUGGGUUCAAUGUUUACUAUUGCAGGCGUCAACGCUUCAAAGAUACCAAACAGGAGACGGUCCGUCACAUUGAACAAAAAGACGCUCGAUCCUGGAACAAUCGACUGUGCUGCCCCCUUCAUAUGCAUUGGCAUACCCAAAAUUCCCCGACCAAGACAUUCGUCCAUAGUGUCACUAGAACAACCAAAGAUGAAGCCUGGUCCUGGCAUAACAGGCCAUGGGACUUCCUGGGAAGAUGGACAACGAAAAUCGGUCAAAAGUGACUCGGGAGCUGGUGGCUCUUUGUACUCUGUAUUUUCUUCGAUAUCCCCUCCCCRUGACUCGUAUAAUGCUACCAACGGAGAGUUCCAUAGAGCUUUCAUCAGAGAUUCACCCGUCUUGGUACUCAUUUGAUGGCACAAUUCAGUCUUGGAUGUAGGCAAAAACAAAUCCGGCGCUGCUCCCAAUGCUGUAGAGGUAGGCAUUUCUGUUGUACGAUACCAUUCAACCGCAAAUCGAUAGGAAAAUUGGGAUUCGAGAGGUGCAUUGCCAAAGAAUUCUUGUCGAAGAGCAUUUUCCCGAUGAACUGCCUCUGAGGUCAUGACGGCAGCGCCUUGUAUGUGUCGGGAGUCGCUAACAGUAAAGAAAAUCAUAACCUGAGAAUUUCCGGUCUCGUUUUUCGUAGUGCGGUAUGCAUCAUUCAAAAUUUUGGCAUGCUUUGGUUGAACAUACCAUUCUCCCUGUACAGUUGAGAUACUUAGAUCAGUCUGAGUGGCAGCGAGCAUGAUAAAAAAACUGGCUUGUUCAGGUUCAAGGAUUGGCGAGGGCUUUCCUCCACCUGCAGCUCCGCCGUGAAAGUAAUCGAAAUUAGAACUGGAGUUAUUGCCAAACAUGUUGUCGUUUAACUCUGUGUCGCCUGUGUUGUUUCCACUUUCGAAGCAUAUUUUCAAGGAAGGAGUGGAUGCAUGAUGAGAAAGAAGAUUAGCUAGUUCGCUACAAAGACCUGGCAUAUCUGAAGGCCCGAACUCAAAAAUGAGCGCAUACGCCAACACAAGAUACUUACCCAUCGUCCAUUGCGUCACUGUCUCGGUCUUUUUUGUUUGGAAAUUGCCGUAAUUCAUGUUCGCCGUGAGCAAAAUGACAGUUCUCUCCGAACGGGCAGUCACCCUGCAGAAAGUGCUUGCAUAAACUGAUUUUGAAAAACUCGUUGGGUUUCGGUGCGGGACGCCUCGCAUCUUGCUGGCCACCAUGCAGUUUCUUCCGUCCACCUUCUCCGUCUACUUGAUUGGCAGCUGCCUGCAUUUGGCUCAACCCCAGGGUAAAGUCCGACACCGUGGGCAAAUCUUGACGGUCCCGUCUCACGUGUUUGUAGCGACAAAAUGGUCCGUGAAUACAAAAACCUUGACUGU